AGUAUAUGUCACUUGGGUGCCGUAUAUGGGAACUUGAUUCCAACCUACAUUCUUAGCUGGCCAAAGAGGCCUAUAUGUAACUUCAUUCCUCACAUUAUUGCUUCCUGCAUCACACAAUGGCUUUCCCAAACUCAAAAUCUCUAAGUCCUCUUACCAUUCUACUUAUCAAAUUCCUCGUCCCUUUCCUCCUGCUGCAACAUCACAGCGCACAAGCAUCCCCGCUGUCCGCCUACGAAACCGUUUCCUUCGGCUUCUCUUUUUUCGAGGAAGAUGAUAUAAACAUAGGAUUAUUGGGAAAUGCCUCAAUAUCUGGUGGGGUUCUAAGGUUAACCAACACCGACCAACUUGGAAAGCCAGUUCCUCACAGUGUUGGUCGAGCAGUGCAUAUCACACCAAUACACCUCUGGGACAAAAACAAUGGAAACCUGGCGGACUUCAGCUCUGGUUUCUCCUUUGUCGUGAACCCUAAUGGCUCAACCCUUCAUGCUGAUGGUUUUGCCUUCUUUCUUGCACCGGCCGACCUUCACUUACCUAGAAACUCAAGCGGAGGGUAUCUUGGACUUUUCAGCCCAGAAACUGCAUUGGAUACUUCCAAAAACCAAAUAGUGGCGAUUGAGUUUGAUAGUUAUACCAAUGACUGGGAUCCCAACUCACCUUCUCAGUCUCCUCACAUUGGAAUUGAUGUUGACUCCAUUAAGUCAGUGGCAACUGUAGCAUGGCCAAGUGAACUUGAACCGGAUAAUGCUGUGGCACAUGCGAGCAUAAACUAUAACUCUGAGUCCAAGCAUUUGAGUGUGUUUGUGGCUUACCCUGGGGACAAUAGGAAUGCCACUGUCUCUACUACUGUUGAUUUGAGAACUGUUUUGCCUGAAUGGAUCAGAGUUGGUUUCUCUGCCGCCACCGGUGAUUUGGUUGAAACACAUGACGUUCUUAACUGGGUUUUCGAAGCAGCCUUGUAG